AUGGCGGUUGUGGCCGCGGGGGUGGGCGCGCGGGCGGGGGAGGGCGCUGACGAUGACGUUGACGCUCUGCCUGCGGGCCCGCUGGGUCGGGGCGAGGGUGGCGGGCGGGCGGCGACUCACGCGGGCGGAGGGCUGGCAGCUCGCUCCUCCGGCCUGCUGGUGCCGCUCACAGACUCACUCUCCUCUGUUCGUUCCUCCCACCGACGGGGGGCGAUCACAACCCGACCCGCAGCGUGGACCUCCCACCGAGUGGUGGCGCUCACACCCGACCCGACCCGCAGCGUGGACCUCCAACCGAGUGGUGGCGCUCACAACCCGACCCGCAGCGUGGACCUCCAACCGAGUGGUGGCGCUCACAACCCGACCCGCAGCGUGGACCUCCAACCGAGUGGUGGCGCUCUUGGCACCUGCAGUUCAGCCCUCCGACCGACUGGGGGCGCUCACAGACCGGACUGCAAGUUGGACCUCCGACCGACUGGCGGCGCUCACAACCCGACCCGCAGCGUGGACCUCCAACCGAGUGGUGGCGCUCACAAACCCGACCCGCAGCGUGGACCUCCAACCGACUGGUGGCGCUCUUGGCACCUGCAGUUCAGCCCUUCGACCUACUGGGGGCGCUCACAGACCGGACUGCAAGUUGGACCACCGACCAGUCAACUGCAGUUCAGUCCUCCCACUGACGGGGGGCGAUCACAGCCCGACCCGCAGUGUGGAACUCCGGCCACGGGGAGGCGGUCACAGGAGGGCCGGCGGCCGCAGGACUGGACGCUGGGGACCGCGGCCGGACUAUGCACCCUGGCCGCCGGUCUGGUCUACUGCUCCAGCACCACGGCCGGCUCACAGGGUCAUGCGUUGCUGGAAGCUGCUCGACUGAACAACGUGCCUGAGAUCCGCAGGUUGCUGUCGAAGGGGGUUCCAGUCUCGCAGAGGCACAAGCUGGGCUGGACGCCCCUGAUGGUCGCCGCCAUGAACAAGAACCACAGUGGGGUGAAGGUGCUGUUAGAGGCUGGUGCUGACCCCAACCUGGGAGAUGAGUUCAGAAACGUGUACGAGACAUCGAGGGAGAAGCGAGUCCACUCCUUGGAAGUGCUGGUGAGCAGGGAGGACGAGUUCAGUAAUCGGCUGAACACUCGUGCCAGUUUCCGAGGCUGCAGCGCUCUACACUACGCCGUGCUGGCAGACGACCUCCACACCACCAAGCUGCUGCUUCACGCUGGUGCGAACCCCUCACAACAGAACGACAUGGGACACACACCCAUCGAUUACGCCAAGGAUGGUGAAGUCAAGGAUCUCCUGAAGGAGGCGGAAGUGAAGUACCAGGAGCUGCAGCGGAGGCGAGAGGCAGAGGAACGCAGGCGGUUCCCGCUGGAGCAGAGACUGAAGGAACACAUCAUCGGGCAGGAGACGGCCAUCGCCACUGUUGCUGCAGCUAUACGCAGGAAGGAGAACGGCUGGGCAGAUGACGAGCACCCAUUGGUCUUCCUGUUCCUCGGCUCGUCUGGGAUCGGAAAGACAGAGUUGGCCAAACAGGUUGCCAAGUACAUGCACAACGACACCAAGAAGAAAUUCAUCAGGCUUGACAUGUCCGAGUUCCAGGAGAAGCAUGAGGUGGCCAAGUUUAUCGGCUCCCCCCCUGGCUACGUGGGCCACGAGGACGGGGGGCAGCUGACCAAGAAGCUGAAGCAGAACCCCAACGCGGUGGUCCUCUUCGACGAGGUGGACAAGGCCCACCCCGACGUCCUCACCGUCAUGCUCCAGCUCUUCGACGAGGGCAGGCUGACGGACGGCAAGGGGAAGACCAUCGAGUGUAAAGACGCCAUCUUCAUCAUGACCUCCAACGUGGCGAGUGAUGAGAUCGCCGAGCACGCUCUCCAGCUCAGGCAGGAAGCCCAGGAGCUCAGCACGAAACGUCUGGCCAGCAACCUAGAUGAUGAGGUGCUGACUGAGAAGGUGACCAUCUCCAGGCAGUUCAAGGAGCUGGUGAUCAGACCCAUCUUGAAGGCCCAUUUCCGACGGGACGAAUUUCUGGGACGAAUCAAUGAAAUUGUGUAUUUCCUUCCCUUCUGCCAUUCGGAGUUGAUCCAGCUGGUCGACAAGGAGCUAAUCUUUUGGGCUAAGAAGGCUAAGCAACGACACGACAUCACCCUGCAGUGGGACCGGCCAGUGAUGGAUGUGUUGGCAGAAGGGUACAAUCUUCACUACGGGGCAAGAUCCAUCAAACACGAGGUGGAGCGGCGAGUGGUCAACCAGCUGGCGGCCGCGUACGAACAAGAGCUGCUGCCUCACGGGUGCAUCCUCCGCAUCGCCCUGGAGGGUCCCGGUCCCGGUGCGGGGGCAGGGGUGGGCAGGGGCACGGCCGGGACCCUCCACCCCAAAGCCCCCAAACUCCGGCUGGAGAUCGUGGACAAGGACAGCAAGUGUCGGCGGCUGGACAUCCAGCCCCCCGUCAAAAAACUAGCGGGGUCUUCCACCGCCCCUAGCGCAGCCGGGGGGGGGCAGUGUACUGGACACUUGACCUACCUGAAAGGGACCUGACACAUCACACCCCCUCUCCCAGUCACCCCUCCCUCCAACUCUGACCCCCUUCCCC